AUGGCACGAUAUUACUGUGAAUACUGUCACUCCUAUCUGACCCAUGAUACACUAAGUGUGAGGAAGUUCCACUUGAUGGGUAAGAACCAUCUUAGAGUGCGAGCUGAUUAUUACCGGAGUCAAGCAAUCAAAGAACAAGAGUUGGAUAGAAGACGAUGUCUCCAUGGUAAAAGGGCUAAAGUUUACAAAACAAAAAAAAGUGAACAAGGCAGUAUAAACCAUAACGAGAAACUCAGUAUUAAGUUGCUAUCGAGGAAAGAGAAGAAGAAAAAACUGCGAGUUGAUAGGGUUUACAAGAAGGAGCUGAACAAUUCAAAAAUUAAUGAUCUGAGCAAAGUAUAUUUAGGUUCUCCAGGAUACAAUAGAGUCUUCAUUGACCCUAACAGAUAUGACAUUGGCGACACUGUGAAGGCGAGCAGGCUACCACAACGUGCGAACAAGCUUCAGGAACAGAAUAAAUAUAAGGACAGAAAUGAACUGUACCAGGGCUAUGACAAACAAUUGCCACACCUUGAAGUACCAAAAAUGCUCAAUAUUUGGAACACUAGCCAGAAAUUGACUAAUAUCUAUUACGACCCAUCUACAUUCCCCAAAUCUUCUGAUGAAAUCAGAAGGAUGCCUAAAAGCAGGAACGCUACACACUAUAAAUCUCGUCAACUCCAAGCGAGCUAA